UGACAUUCAAAUGAGCGUGAAACGUGAAAGAACAACAGUCUCCUUAGGAAAUAUGGAUCCUAUUCGAACCAGUAGCAAUUAUGAAUAUUACAAGCUGUGUAGAAAACUUUUGCUACUCACUGGUCUGUGGCCUUAUGACAAGCUCAGAAACAGGCUGCUUCAUAUGGGUGUUAUCAUUGUAUAUGAUAUUUCUAUUAUGUUUGUGCAGAUAGCAAACUAUUUCGUCUGCGACACAAUACAGUGCAUUUUUAAAACUUUACCUAUGAACAUAAUGACGGUAAUAGUGUUGGUGAAGUUACUCACGUACCAUUUUAAUAGGCAGAAGAUUAAAGACCUCUUAGAACACUUGCACUCAGAUUGGAAUGCACUCUGUUACGAAGAAGAAUUUGUUAUCAUGAGGAAGUACGCUGAAACUGGUAGAUCCUACUCGUUUUACUAUGCCACAAGCAUAUAUUCGAUUACCUUUAUAUUCGGAUGCGUGGUUCUCGUGCCACGUUUCAUGGACGUUGUGUCUCCUUUGAAUGAAAGUCGUCCGAUAAUGAUGCCGUGUCCGGUAAACUACUUCGUCGACGAGGAAGAAUAUUUUUAUUAUAUCUUUGUCCAUCUGAUAAUCGGUGCUUUUGUAUGUAUUACCGGAUUGCUCGCGCAUGACUGCAAUUUCUUCACUUUCACCGAGCACGUUUGCGGCCUCUUCGAAAUUGUGGGGUAUUGAAUAUUUAUUUUGAACUUGUAUGUUUCUUGUCCACAUAAAUGACAAUUUUGUUUUUCGUAACGUAGCACAUCAACCCAUUAAUAUAAAUACUAAUGUUUGCAGCUUCAGACUCGAAAAUUUAUUAUAUAAACGAAAUAUUACGGAAAAGAAUAUGAUCGAGCUUUCGGAUGACGUGUAUGUAAAAAAUAUCGAGUUUUCCAUUCAAGCUCAUCGGCGGGCCCUGCAUUUCGUUGCCCUGCUCGAAAACACUUUCUGCUUAUCUUUCGCAAUACAACUUUUGAUAGUUACUAUCAUCAUGAGCAUAACUUUAAUACAACUCUCGUCAGA